AUGUUCGGCCUUAUGCAAUUUAGAUAUUAUGUCCUCAUCCUGGUCAGUGGCUUGACAACGAUGAAGGCCCAGCAGCAGCAGCAUCCAGGGAUUAGCUAUCACAACUCCUGGCUAUACUCGAUGCCCUGGCGACCCCUGAUCCUGCCCACAGUGGCCAGGUUGCCCAGCUUGCCGGGGGCUUCACAACUUAGUCCGGGAUAUACGGGACCGCAAACCUUUCCGCCGGUGGCACAGGAUCAACAGCAGCAGCAGCAGAAUCCUUAUGAGCAACAGCAGCAACAUCAGAAUCCCUACCAGCAGCAGCAACAGAAUCCUUAUGAGCAGCAACAGCAACAGAAUCCCUACCAGCAACAGCAGCCCCAGCAAUAUCAGCAGCCGCCUGUCCUGUUGGGCUUAUUCACCCCGCAAUUACAGGUCCAUCCUUUGGCGGCACCUCCUCCCCAAACUGGACACUUUAGCCUGCCCUUUCGACCCUCACCCUUUGCUGGCUACACGGAUGAGGAGGAGGAGAACCAGGUGGUGCCGCCGGCUCAGGGAAAUCAACAGCAGCAUCAGCAACAGCAACAGCUGGAGGAGCCACCUUUCCAUGCUCAUCCCUACAAGCCAGUCGCGGAGGGAUCAGAGCUCUCCAGGGGAGCAGCAGGAGGAGGUUAUGUCUAUUUAUCGCCCAGUAAUUUGUACAAUCUAGUGAGAAGUUAA